AUGCCAGCCACGUCUUCAACUGCCUGUCUAUUGGCUUUAAUGCUAUUUUUCCAAUCUACAAAAGCAGGAAGUAGUACGAAGGGAAACUCUCGUUCGAAACGGCUCGCCCUUCAUCCCUCUCAAUGGGCUUUGCAUCUAUGGCCUGGAGGAGUUGUCCCCUACGAUAUAGCCUCGGACUACUCGGAUUGGGAGAAGAGCAUUAUUUUGUCGGGAAUGGCUGAAUUUCCCAAGCAUACUUGCAUAUCAUUUCGGCCUCGGACAGUAAGCGACAAAUAUUACCUGGCAAUCAACAAACAUUACAACUUAGAAAGGUGUUUUUCCUACAUUGGUCGCCAGACAACGUUUCUAUUCCGUACCGCGGCGGGCAACGUCGAGACGCGGAUGAAGCUCGACCCAAGUUGUCUUCGUGUAAACGGUCGAGGAACAGUUAUGCACGAGUUGAUGCAUAUUAUCGGGUUCUAUCAUGAACAUCAGAGAGACGACCGUGAUGCCCGCGUGACCGGAAGUGCCACCCAUUACAACUACAAGGUUUACCCGCGAUCUCGUACGUACUACAUGGGUGCCUACGAUCGCACAUCCAUUAUGCACUACAACUUUCCGGGCCACUUUGGUGGACCACCACCCCGAGCACGACGACUACGAGACCACUUUGGUGGACCACCACACCGAGCACGACAACUACGAGACCACUUUGGUGGACGACCACCCCCACAAGAACCACUACCACCCGAUCGCUUUGGUGGACAACCACGCCUGUUACACCCACCACCACCACCACCCGCCCACUAUGGUGGACGACGACGACGACCGCUGCAAGUACUACCACCCGACCGUUAUGGUGGACAACUUCACGCACCACUACUACGACCAAACCCCUUUGGUGGACCACCACAGCCAGCACCACUACUACACGACCUCUAUGGUGGACAUCCACUCAUGCUGUUGAUGAUGACGGACAAAUCUCCAGAAAUGGAAUUUUCCGACGAAUGA